AUGACGCAAAACGGCGCUUCAACUUCAGCCGCUGCCUACUCGAAUGGAGAGACUUCCAACGGCAAAUCAAGCGAUAACACCAUCAAGUCGGAAGCGAGCAAUGGUAACAGCAGCAGCAGCAGCAGCAGCAAUGGUUAUCGUAACGGAAAGGCCCCUGCCUCUGUUGCGGCUGACGAGUACGCAGAUGCAUCUGUUUUCUCCCCGCUCUUCCCCGGCAGCUCUAUCGAUCGAAGAGAGCUCGUCAAACUUACUCUGCAAUCUUUGCGCGAGAUGGGCUACGACGCCGCGGCAAAGACGCUCGAGACAGAAUCUGGCAUCACGCUCGAGCACCCCUCCAUCACCGCUUUUCGCACGGCCGUGUUGAGCGGAGAUUGGAAAAAUGCAGAGCGACUUCUCAUUGACGGCCUCACGUACGCCGCCAGACGCAUCCAGGCCUCGCGCAGCAGCUCCAGUGGCGGCGGGCCGUCGUUGGAGGCGCCUCCACCUUCGUCGACCGCCUCUUCCUCACUGUCAUUACCCGGCACGCUUGAACCUCCUCACCACGACCUCAUCGACUCGGUGCUUCGUAGACCCGAUCUUGUCAGCCUUCGCUCUAUUCGCUUCAUGCUGCAAAAGCAGCGCUAUCUCGAGCUGCUGGAAGCACGCCACACCAAAAAGGCGCUCAAUGUGCUGCGUGAAAAGCUCACCCCACUCAGCCAUGAUACGCAGCAGCUUCAUCUGUUGUCCAGCCUCGUCAUCUCAGCAUCGCCCGAACAACUUCACGCACGCGCUGGCUGGGAUGGUGCUGAUGGCGAAUCGCGCCGUUUGCUCAUGAUGGAGAUCGAGUCGGCUGUCUCCCCGCUCGUCAUGAUUCCAAGCCGCCGCUUGCCACGACUGCUCGAGCAGGCGCAAAGCUACCAGAAACAGCAGGACCCCUUUUUCAACUCGCCGCACGGCUCUCACUUUUCACUCUUGACCGAUCAUCGAUCUGAUCGAUCUGUGUUUCCUUCGCACGUCUCGCGCACCAUCCAGGACCACCACGACGAAGUCUGGUGCUUGCAAUUCUCACACGAUGGCUCAAAGUUGGCAACAGCAGGAGCAGACAAGACGAUCCUCAUCUGGAGUGUACGGAACGAGUACAAGCUGCUGCAAAAGUUUGUGCCACUGUCGGACAACAUUUCCUCGGUCUCUUGGUCGCCGGACGACACGCACCUCUUGGUCACCUCGGACGUUGACGUGACACUUUGCAAGCUCGAGACAGGAAGCAUGCUCACACUUCGCGAGCACAGCUAUACGGUAGCCACCGCGACGUGGCUCACAGAUGGCAGCGGCUUCGUCACGGGAGGCAUGGAUGGCAAGAUCGUAUGGUGGGAUGCCCAAGGCUUCGUAAUGCAUAAGAAGAGCACCUCGCCGUUCCGUGUACUGGCAGUGGCUGCCUCGCCGGAUGGCUCGCACCUCAUUGCACUCAGCGCUCGUCAAGUCGUGCAAACGGGCCUCUCGUCAUCCACGAGUCGAUUCCACACCAACUCGUCCGCUGCGAUGAGCACGUCAACGGCAUCGGAUCAGCUCAGCGACAGCUCAUCACCGUCCACUACUUCGACAGGAUUUGGGGCCCAGGAUCGAGCCGAUCUCGACCCGCCUGUCGACCUCGGUGGAGGAUCGCGUACGAUGGGAUCAGAGCGGUACCGCAUCCACUUUUUCGAUCUGCGCACACGCGAAGAGACCGGGUCGAUCUACAUGCGCGACGAAGUGGUCAGCUUGGCAGUGAGUCGCGACUCGCAGUACGCGCUGAUCAACGUGCGUCCCAGCGAGUUGCAGAUGUGGGACAUCAGCCGACAGUGCUUGGUGCGGCGCUUCAACGGCCACAAGCUCAGCCAACAUGUCAUCGGCUGUGGCUUUGGCGGCAUCGACGAGAACUUUGUGGUGUCUGGUAGCGAGGAUUCCAAGAUUUACAUUUGGCAUCGCGCCAGUGGACGGCUGAUCGAGACGCUGCUUGGGCACGACACGGGAUCUGUCAACGCCGUAGCUUGGCAUCCCAAAGACCCUCUCACCAUUGCUUCGUGCGGGGACGACCAUACGGUGCGCAUCUGGCGCCCGGGGGGACGCUUGCCCUCGGCCUCGGCGGCGGCGGCGGCGGCGACGGCGACGGUUGCAUCGCAGAACGAUGUCACGCCGCCCAAGUCGGAUGAUUCGGAAAUGAGCGGUGCAGCUAAUCCAUUCCCUUGGAGCUAUUCGGAUCCUUCGAGUGGCGGCGAGGUCGACAUGAUGCGCUCUGUCCAUGAAGCUAUGGACGAAGGGGAGGACGCAGCAGAGGCCAGCUCGCCUUCGCCCGAGUAUCAGUGA